AUGGCGAGUGGCGGCGAGCCCGGUCUCUGCUGCGAUCGCGUUGUUUGUCGUGGGGGGAAGGAGUCGGCCUCUCAGAAGACGGGCGCUUGGGAUGCGGGUCUCGUGGACGUCUAUCAGGAUUUCGGUCGCUAUCGUGGGGCCGACGAGGAGGAGGCGAUGCAGAUCUGCGAGAGCCUGCCGCAGCUUGACCUGGUCUGCCACGAUCUCUGCGCUCCUGGACGUGUCUCCGGUCGUCUCUCAUUGCAACAUGUCGGGAACGACGUGGAUGACCAGAGGAAGGCUCCAUCGCGGCAAUACAACUGA